GCCCCGCCCCGCCGCCGCUGAGCCCCGCGGAGCGCCCGCCGCCGCCGCCAGCAUGUCCGCCCGCCCGCCGCCCCGCUCCUGCGACACCUUCGUGGCGCUGCCGCCCGCCGCGGCGGGGGGCCGCGUCAUCUUCGGGAAGAACUCGGACCGGCCGGCGGACGAGGUGCAGGAGGUCGUGCACUUCCCGGCCGCCGCGCACCCGCCCGGCGCCGCGCUGGAGUGCACCUACGUGACGAUCGAGCAGGUGGCGAAGACCCACGCCGUGGUGCUGAGCCGGCCCGCCUGGCUCUGGGGCGCCGAGAUGGGGGCCAACGAGCACGGCGUCUGCAUCGGCAACGAGGCGGUGUGGGGGCGGGAGGAGGUCGGCGACGACGAAGCCCUCCUCGGCAUGGACCUGGUCAGGCUUGGACUCGAGAGAGCAGACACAGCUGAAAAGGCUCUAACUGUCAUAGUUGAUUUGCUAGAAAAACAUGGACAGGGAGGAAACUGUAUGGAGAGCCACAUGGCAUUCACAUACCAUAACAGUUUUCUGAUAGCCGACAGAAAGGAAGCAUGGGUGCUGGAGACAUCAGGAAAAUACUGGGCAGCAGAAAAAGUAGAAGGCGGUGUACGGAAUAUUUCCAACCAGCUCUCUAUCACAACCAAGAUUGACAGAGAACACCCAGAAUUGAAGGAAUAUGCCAAAAGCAAGGGCUGGUGGGAUGGCGAAAAGGAAUUUGACUUUGCUGCCACAUAUUCUUAUGUAAAUACUGCCAGAAUGACCACAUCCAGAGGCCGAUAUUGUGAAGGCUAUAAACUUCUGAACAAGCACAAAGGAUCCAUCACUUCUGAAAUAAUGAUGGAAAUUCUUCGUGACAAAGAGAGCGGCAUUAAUAUGGAAGGUGGAUUUAUGACAACUGGAAGCAUGGUGUCUGUGUUGCCUCAGCAGCCUGAUUUGCCAUGUAUUCACUUCUUUACUGGAACACCAGAUCCUGCAAGGUCUGUAUUCAAGCCUUUCAUUUUUGUUCCCAAUAUUACUCAGUUAUUAAAAACUAGCUCCCCUACAUUUGGUCAUGAUGAUCCAGUUAAGAAGCAACCACGUUUUCAGCAUAAGCCAGAUCGAAGACAUGAGCUCUAUAAAAAACAUGAAAGCGCUGCUGUAGUUAUGGAAACUAUCAAGGGCAAAGGUAAAGAGAUGCUGAAAGAGAUACAGGAGUUGGAGAAACGGAAGAUAAGUGAAAUGGAAUCAAUCCUGCAAAACAGAUGUCUUGAUGUUAACCAAAUGGUUAACCUUUUUUCACAGUGUGUAGAAGAAGAACUCAAAAUAUAUAGCUAAAACUACUAUUUGAAUGUGGUAAAAUUCAGUUUUGUGAUUUAACUUUUUUAAUGAAGUGGCUAUAUAGAUUACAUCCUAUUUUCAAUAUACCAUUUAAUAUGGACAGUUUUAAAAAUGCAGUUUCAUAUUCAGGCCAAACAGCUUCUGGUUGUAUGAAGCAAUGUUGAAAAGGCUCUUAAGAGCUAGGCAGUGGCUUUGUCUCUAGGUGACAUAAAGCUGUCAGCAGAGACUGAUUUUGCCUACAAACAGAUGCAACGAGAACGUAAUAACUUGACUGAAUUGUGGAACAACCCCAUCUCUGGAUGAAGAACUCUAACUCAGAACCCAGUUCCAAUGUACACACAUGUAGCUUUUAUAGUCCAGAUAAUCAUAGCAGAAUUUCACACUGCCUAAAUUAAAAUGGCCAUACUGAAGGACUUUGUAAAAUGUAGAAGCUAUUAUGUGCACUGAAUAAAAAGUGCUAUGCAAGUCAAUUAAAAUUGAUAUUCAGCUGUUUGAUAAAACAGAACACUUUAAGAUACUUUUCAUCUAUGAACCUUCUACUCCUUCAAUGUAAAAUGAGGGUAAGAGUUCAAUGUAUAUUAAAACCAAAUCACAGUUACAAUUUUACCGUGAGUUGUUAAAUCUGAUAACAUGGAAUUCAACAAUGCAAGCAUCCUGCAAGCUACCACACAAUCUUUACUUCCCUAUUUUCCCCACCCUGACAACAAAAAAUAAACUUAUUUGCACACAGUA